AAAGAAAAUUUUGUACCAUUAUCAUCCAUCAUGGCGUGACCGAAUGAAUGAAUGUAUUAACCUCAACUCAACACACCCAACACAAACACAAAACCUCUCUCUCUCUGCACUCUCUGCUCCUCAACGAUACUCCAUACAUCCGUCAAUUCCUCACAGGCCGUGCGCGUCCUUUUGUUUUCAUCUCUCUCUCUCUCUCUCUCUCUCUCUCUCUCUCUCUCUCUCUCAUGUCUUUUCAUUUCCCCUAAAGAGAUGCUUCUUCCACCACUUCACUCUCCGGCAACUCUACCUCACCGGUAAACACAUUACUAAUCAACACUCAAACAAUGCAAGACACUCUCCUCACUCUCCCUCACCAACACAACAACAACAUCAACAUUCACUCCAAAAACAAAACUAAAAUAUCAUCAUCACAACAACACAACAAACAUAAACACACACUACCACUUUCCGACAACCACUUACUCCCACCACCACAACCUCGAACCUCAUCUCGCCGCAUAAACCCAUCUCUUUCCCCUUCCUCCACCAUCGAAAAGCCUCUACCUAACGGUGACAUCUACAACGGAGACUUACUAAAAAACGCACCUCACGGCACCGGAAAAUACAUCUGGUCAGACGGAUGCAUUUACGAAGGUCAAUGGAAGAAAGGUAAAGCCUGUGGUAAAGGAAGAUUCUCCUGGCCAUCAGGAGCUACCUACGAAGGUGAUUUUAAGUCGGGUCGAAUGGAAGGAUUCGGGUCAUUCAUCGGUGUCGACGGAGAUAUGUACAGAGGUACUUGGUUUGCUGAUCGGAAAAAUGGGUUUGGUGAGAAACGUUAUGGUAAUGGUGAUGUUUAUGAAGGAUGGUGGAGGUGUAACUUGCAAGAUGGUGAAGGGAGGUAUGUUUGGAAAAAUGGGAAUGAAUAUGUUGGAGAAUGGAAAAAUGGUGCUAUUUGGGGUAAAGGGGUUUUGGUUUGGGCUAAUGGGAAUCGUUAUGAAGGGUAUUGGGAAAAUGGGGUUCCUAAAGGGAAUGGUGUUUUUACUUGGGGUGGUCAAAAUUUUGGGAAUGAAGACAACAAACAGUGUGAGAGUGAGAUGAUGAUGGCUAGGAAGAGGUCUUCUGUGGAUGGUUGUUCAAAGGGUGUUGGUUUUCCUAGGAUUUGUAUUUGGGAACUUGAUGGUGAAGCUGGUGAUAUUACUUGUGAAAUUGUUGAUAAUGUGGAUGCUUCUGUGUUUUAUAAAGAUGGUAGUGAAUCUGAAAAUAGUGGUGAAAGUUGUGGUGUGUUGUAUAAGAGUCCUUGUUGGUCUCUUGAUGGUGAGGUCAAGAAGCCUGGUCAAAUUGUGUCCAAGGGACAUAAGAAUUAUGAUCUUAUGAUCAGUCUUCAACUUGGUAUUAGAUACACUGUUGGCAAGUAUGUUCCUAUUGUGAGAGAGCUUAGGCCAGGGGAUUUUGAUCCCAAUGAGAAGUUCUGGACUAGAUUGCCAUUGGAAGGGUCCAAGUUUGGACCUCAACAUCAAUCAGUGGACUUCAGGUGGAAAGACUAUUGUCCCAUGGUGUUCAGACAUCUAAGGGAAUUAUUUGCCAUAGAUCCUGCCGAUUACAUGCUUGCCAUUUGUGGAAGUGAUUCACUAAGAGAGAUGUCUUCUCCUGGCAAAAGUGGAAGCAUCUUUUACCUAACUCAAGAUGACCGAUUCAUAAUCAAGACUGUGAAAAAAUCUGAAGUCAAGGUGCUUAUCAGAAUGCUUACAAGUUACUAUCAACAUGUGUGUAAGUACAAGAACUCUUUGGUAACAGCAUUCUUGGGGGCACAUUGUGUCAAACCUGUUGGAGGUCAAAAGACCCGGUUUAUUGUGAUGGGCAAUGUGUUUUGUUCGGAGUAUCGAAUCCAUAAAAGGUUUGAUCUCAAAGGUUCUUCUCAUGGUCGAAUCACGGAUAAACCUCGGGAGGAGAUUGAUGAGACUACCACUCUCAAAGACCUCGAUCUUGAUUUGGUCUUUCGCUUGGAACAGUCUUGGUUUCAAGAGCUUAAAUGGCAACUUGAUAGAGAUUGUGAGUUUCUGGAAGCGGAGGGAAUCAUGGAUUAUAGUCUUUUAAUUGGCCUUCAUUUCCGCGAUGAUUACUCAGUUGAUGAAAUGGAAAGUUCACCGUGUGGUAUGCAAUCAGGCAAGAGAGACAUGCAUGCUGGUGAUGAUAUGCACAUACCCCGGGGACCUCUAAUCCGGCUAGGAAUGAACAUGCCUGCAAGAGCUGUGAGAAUGUGCAGUGGAAGUAGCAACAAUUCUACUCCAUCUUCAGAUAGUAGUAGUGAGAUCUCUGAUGUAAUCCUCUACUUUGGUAUCAUUGACAUUCUCCAAGACUAUGAUAUUAGCAAAAGAAUAGAACAUGCUUAUAAGUCACUACAAGUAGAUUCUACUUCCAUCUCAGCUGUUGAUCCUAAAUUAUACUCCAAAAGGUUUAGAGAUUUCAUUCACAGAAUCUUUGUAGAGGACAAAUGACACAUGUUUGGACAAAAAUGAACCGGGACCAAUUCAAUGACAUGCUUAGGUGAUACUCCCUAUGCAAGAAAGUAAAUGUUCCAAACAUAUCUUAUUGGCAUCAAAAAUUAAAUCAAUAAGAUUAUUAGAGAGUAUAUAAUGGUUGUUGAUGGCUAAAUUUUUCUAAUAGCCAUUUCAAGUAUUAUAAUGGGUGGGGGGAGAAAAACUGAGACACCACUUAUGUCAAUGUUUUUCUCCUUUUGUAGUGGGAAGUGGUUGUCACAAUAGCUUAUGCAUAUGAUUAGUUUUUUGUUUUGUUUAAUUGCUUAUGUUGUGUAUAUGAAUCCAUUGUGGGGUGUGGAGAAAAAAAAAAAGGGGGUAUAGGGGAUGGAAUGAAGAUUCAAAUUGAUUAGGGAUAUAAAUGUAGAGAGAGAGUUAGAUUUUUUGAUAAUGGAAUUGAAUUGAACA